AACACAAUUCAAUAAGUUUUAUUUAUAUUGACGAAUGCAAUGAGAAUUGGCUGGAUUCAAAAACUAGUCAACAAAUGGCCAGGCAAGAAAACAUUUGGAAUGUAUAGGUUUCUGCCUAUGUUUUUCGUACUCGGCGCAGCUUUGGAGUUUUCUAUGAUUAACUGGAAAGUUGGUGAGGUCAACUUUUAUAACACAUUCAAGAGGCGCAGAGCUCACGACAUUGUUGAAGAUAAAAUAAGGAAGUAUUCUGCUGGACAUACUGCUUAACAUGCCUGCCGGAGUGACUUGGGGCCAGUACCUCACGUUUUCGUUUGCCGCGAUGUUCUCCAUGUUAGCUGGAUCUCAAUUGGUACAUCAACAUUACAAACCACUGCAAAACCUAAACGAUUACAUCAAUAAUGAACUCAAAAACUUCCCUGAUCACAUUCAAGCCAAGAUUAGAAAGGAACUGCAGGAAGAAGGUGUUCUCAAGUAAUUUAAUAUUUAUUUAUUUAUUUGUAAGAUGUUAUCAGAAGUGUAAAUAGUUUAGUACUUUUUCUUAGA